GCCGGAAACUGGACUUCCAUGCACCUGGUCAAGCGCCUGGGCAAGGCGCAUUUGAUCUUAGCUCGACCCGACCUGUCCCAGGUCUGCGAUGCAAGUGGCCGUCUCAUCCAGGCCUGCGGCAUCAUUACUCUGUCCUGGAAGUGGCAUGACCCCCGGGCAACCCACGUUCACGAAUGAGAGUUUUACGUCCUCCCCGACUCGCCCCAUAUUGACAUUUUGUUGGGCGCGAACUAUAUUGUGUCGGAGAAAUUGCUCCUCGUUAACGAGCCUGCUAUCUUACCGCUCUUGGAACACAAGAAGAGGCCCAAAGCAGACGACGCCGCCGUCGCUGCCGCAAAGGAGAGACAGAAGCAGGAAAAAGCUGCGCUGGCGGAGCAGAAAAAGAAGGAGCAGGAAGAGAAGGAUGGAGCGGGAAUAGGGGCUAGAAAGUGAUCGGGAAGGUCGAUGACAUUGGGGCACUUCGGUGCUCGGUGCCGUUCAGAGGUGACGACAUCUGGGCCGCUGAUACCAACAAAGACCACAUGAACAGCAGCAAAUCAGUUUUAGAUGGGAGUGGGUAGCUAGUUAGCUUUCUAGAUUCAGGAGUAGGACCGGAAGAUUCAUGUAGAUUGCCUGGGUAAGAUUGCCUUGAUAUCACAAGCAUGAGACUUUUUAACUU